AUGCCGGGCGACCACAUCCGCCCGUCUAUAUCUGCCAUCGCCGAGCCGUUCCGGCAUGCUCCCGACCCGGCCGCCCGGUUGGAGAUAAGCGUGACGCAUGCGGCCCACCCCCUCCCUAAAAGGUACAUCGAGGUGGCCCCUAAAGAUACGGGACACACAGACACAGACGCCAUCCUGACCAGGCUGGCGGUUCCCAGCGAGCAGAGCGGCCCGCCCGGCGGCGGGCGGGCGUUAGUCGUGGCCAGUGAAGCCGGCCGCCCCCCUGCGAGUCAUCCCUCCCUGGAAUCGGCAGCGGGCGGCGGCGGCGGCGCAGGAGGACACGCCCUACUUGUGGCCCAUCCUAUCCGCCUCUCGACCGCUUUGGGCCGGCUGCUGGCCGAGACGGAAAGAGGCAAAUACCACGGUCCCAAGCGAAGGGGACCUAUGGCAAGGCUUGAUGGCGUUAGCAGUGGCGAUAAGGUGUGCCCAAGCAGGGGGAGGGGGGGCGUGGACGUCGUCGUCGACGGCACAUAG